AGGCCACAUCCGACAGCCGCGUUUUUCGCACAUUAAACUCUUACAGAGGGGUUAAAGAUGGUCAAGUUUGCGACGUUUUACUCCUUUGGGGAAUCUACGCUUUAGAUAUACACAGUUGAAACCCAGUGUGCGGCACUCGUCUGAUUUGCCACCGUCCAAUCAGCUUUAGCCUCUGCAGGCGUCACUUCCUUCCCAGUGUCAGUCUGUUUAUUCAUCAGUGUGUGUGUAUUCUCGAUGGUCCUAUCAGGAUCCCACCUCCCCCUGACUCAGUCCACCCAGCUGACCCACCCAUCCCCCUCACUCGCACACCCGUGCCACAUGAGGCCCUGCAUUCUGACUCAGUGGACAAACUUACACUAGUCUGAGAGUAUGUGCCAGGCUUUGCCCAGACCCACACCUCGGUUUUCCAGCACGAGUGACACCCGGGAUUAGUCCUUCUCCGUCUAUAAAGGUAAUCACGCACUUCAGUUGUGUUUUGGGCUUGGUGCGUCACUGUAAACCUGUCAUUUCUGCACUUUUUCUUAAGUAGGGGUUUGUCGUACUGCAGUGCACCACUAUUACAGCUCUCUCCGUCAGCCAGCGUGAGCUCCGCGCUGCUUGCUGAGUUUGCGGUUUUCUGCUGGAGCGCGUUGGCCCUGAGCACUUGUUAGAAGCAAGUCGAUUUCUGUAAUAAAGGUUGAGGAUGUGGUGAGGUUUUUGCUUACCGUUGUUUAUGUGUUGCGCUUACUGUGUGAUUUGCGUGAGGGUGUAGCUGGGAUUGUCAAAGAUUGUGUGGGUGAUGUGCAAUAAACCUUUGGUUAUCUUUAGUGCUUGCAGAAAUGUCAUUAUCUGGAUGUUGAUCGCUGUUUGGUUUUGUUGUUAAUGUUCCUCUGGAGGUCUUUAUGAAGUUAUGUACGACUUCAGUAACAUCUUUGUAAAAGCGAAGAGGUUCUUCGGACACAUGGUGUUCCACCUCCCCCGGGCAGCAAACAAUGCAAAGCACUUGGUCCUUAAGGGUGAUUACUUCUCCUUUAUGGGUGGUCUUGUAAAUGUGUGACAGAAGGGUCUGGCCUAUGUGUGAACAAGUUCUUGAAGGAAGAGCUUGAUUGGGGAUCAGUUUGUGUCUUUUCUGUUGUGAUGAAUGAGUUUAAAACGGUGUGUGUUAAUCCGGCAUUAUUAAAGGGAAUUUAAUCUGCAUCUAUGCACAGUGACAAUUUUGUCGAUUUGUUUUUUGUGUGUUGGACCUGUAUGUUCGUGCCAAUAUUGCAGUCUAACCUUCUCUGCAUCUUGGACAGCUCCGCUAUGGCAAAUUCCCUAAAGGCAAAGGUGAUACUGACAUUAGAGGAGGAGAACGGAGAAGAAGCUAAAGAGAUGGAUGACACUGUUGGAGCGCCUGCGGAGGAGGAGGAGGAGGAGGAGGAGAGGAAGGCACGAGCCGCCGCAGAAGAGGCAGCUGCCAGAGAGAGGGCAGCUCAGAGACAGCUCAUGGCGAUAGAGGAGCUGGUGCACACGGAGCGAAACUACCUGAAAAAUCUGCAGCUUUGCACGGUCACCAUUCACAGCAACCUGCGGAAACUACAGCCUUCUCCUCCAAACUUGGACGGUAUGUUCCAGCACAUAGAUGAAGUGAUGGAUGUUUCCAGCAGACUCCUGAGCCUUCUCGACCAGGCACAGAUACAGCACAGCAACCCAAAAUACCUGGAAAUCCUUUGCGACUCUUUUCUGAGCCUGUCUCGAGACAUAGAGAUGGCUUAUAAAGAGUAUCUGGCCAACUACAAUAACAUCACCGCUCUGGAGAACAGCUACAAACAGAAGGAGUCCCUGUGGGCCGAGAUGGUUAACAUCAUCAAGUCAUCUGCGCCGGAAGUGAACGCAUCCACGCUGAGUUUCUUCCUGGUGAUGCCGGUUCAGAGAAUCGCUCGCUAUCCCCUGCUGUUACAGACCAUGCAGAAACACACAGACCCCAGACACCCUGCUUACUCCGUCCUGGAGCACACCGCUCGCACCGCUGUCCAGAUCAACUGCAGGAUCAAUGAAUAUAAACGCUUCCGUGAAGUGGCUGAUAAGUAUAAGAAGACAGAAAACUUGACAAUCAGGGACAAGAUCAAUCGGCUGAGUGGCCACAGCAUUGCCAAAAAGACAGCUCGGUUCAGCCAGUACAUAAAGCACGAGACAGGAAUGGUGGCAAAGGUGAAGGAUGAAGAAUUUGAUGCCCUUGCUGGCUUCUUCUUUGUACUGGAAAAGUGCAUCUCGGAGCUCCAUGAUAACAUGGUGGCCUACCUUUACCAUCUACAGAGGUUCCUCAGCUGCAGACCAGAGGAAGCGGAUCUUGAUCUGGAAGGCGAGAAAGCCGCCCUGUUCUCCAAAGAAAUCACAGUGGCACUCAGACAGUGGAUAUACCCUACAUAUGAGGAGCGUUUGAAGACUCUAGUCCUCAAGCCCUUGAGCUCGCUGCGGGAGCUGACGGCGGGGCCGCGCAACAUCAUUCGCAAGCGUCAAGACAAGCUGCUGGACUACGAGCAGAUCGAGGAGAAGAGCAGCCUGACCUAUGAGGAACAGGCCAUAGCCAACACCUACAAGACCAUGAACACUCUGCUGUUGACCGAGCUGCCUCAGUUCAACGGGAAAGCCCUGCAGAUCCUGUGGGCCACACUGGAGGCCUUCAGCUGCCUGCAGAGGGACAUGGCCGUUGAUAUGGAGCAGUUAGCCACCAGCUUUACCCAUCAGCUCCCACACAGUUAUUUGGAGGCUGGAGAGUUUUGGAAGUGGGCAGAGAUCUCGGUGCUGGAGGGUUCCAGAAGGAUGGAGAAUCUGUGUCAGAGUUUUCAGGAGGAGCUCAAUGCUCCCAUUGUGCAGGCACUCAGUCCUGUUUCUGAAAGGCGUUUGACAGCUCUGACCCUCAAGCACGGCUCAGGGAAGAUCUACCAGCUGACAGGCCCUGUGGUGGGCACGCGUGAUCUGGACCUGACCCUCAACAAGGGAGAGCUGGUAGCUGUCGUCAGUCAGAUGGACACGCGUGGAGACCGUAGACGUUGGCUGGUUGAUGCGGGAGGCCCGAGGGGAUAUGUGCCGGCCUCAAAGCUGACCCGAUACCACCAAAUGACUGUUGACCCCCCAUCUCCUCAUCUGAGCGUAACACCCACCGGUCCAGGACCCAGAAGACACUCGUACACACCCGGAGCGCAGCCGCUCGUCAUUACCCCGACCACGCCCUGUUUUCAGGUGUACGCAGGCUACGACUUCACGGCGAGGAGCGGCCACGAGCUUUCUCUAAAGUCGGGUGAGCCGGUGCGGGUGGUGGAACCUCACGAUAAGCGUGGAAACAAGGAGUGGUGUCUGGUGGAGGCGCGAGGCCGAAGGGGCUACGUCCCGUCCAACUACCUCGCCGUCCUGCCCUCCCUCAUCACAUCGCCCACUUUCCCAUAUCGCUAGCACUGGAAAAUACCCAUAAUGAAACCUGCUCGGCUGCUGAUACGGAGUCUGUUAUCCGGCAUCCAAACAAACACGGGCUGUGAGAAGCACUGAAGGGCUCUUCAUGCGUGAGGGGGCGGACGGCUGCUGUUUGGUGCUUUAUUCCACUGAUGUUUGAACCGGAGUGGUGCUCGGGCAUCACUGUGGAGCGCUCGCCCGUAUACUUGAUCUUAGCUUUGCCCGGGGCUGUUAACAGAAGAGAUCAUUUCAGCCAAUGAGAGACAAGCUGUGUUGUGUGGAUUGCACAUGGAUCGCAUCGAAGGAACGUGCGGUUACCUGUGAUUAACGGAUGCGCUUUAAUGGAUUUCUGUAAAGCACCCGGAUCCACAACUCGGCUGUAAUGUGGAAAGUACGGCUGCUUUGGGACUAGUGUUAACAAGAUGGAUGUCAAACUCGGGGUGUAUUUAACUGCUUAACUACAAAAAAUGGGCUUUGCUUGCUUUAAAACUUGGAUCUCACACUGGAUUUAAGCCCGUAUAUCACAUUUUAUGCUUUUAAUCUUGGACACUUUUUAUCUUCAGUGUCGAUUGUACAGAGCCCCCAAACAGUGUGACUGUAUGAAUGUCAUUUCAAUAGAUAUCAAACCAAGCGGAAUUCAUUUUAAGGAAGCACACGUUUUCGGACAUUUAUACUCUUUUAAAAAGUGGGGCCGCUGUUUAUUGACUUAAUUUUACACGAUUACAGUGUAUUCAAGUUAUUCUUUACCUACACGUAGAUUCACCUCAGACUACUGCAUUGUUCUUGUGUUGGUGACCUCAUAUAACCUCCAUGAUGAAGAAUUUGACCCACAUGCAAAGAUCGAAGAGGGCAGAUCUGAUGCUGCAGCUUGCCUGCAGUUGCAUAUGCUGUCCACUAGAGGCGCCAGGGUAUCAUCUGUGAAGACAGUUACCUUAUUCAGUGUUGUUAAUCCUUCCAAACAGAGUCAUGUAUUAUUCAUCUGAUCCUCACAAUCGCUUUACCAGGAAU